AUGGCGGCGGAGGGCGCCGCCGGCGGCCGGGGAGGACGAGCCGCGCGGUACCCACCUCUGUCGGCGCUCGUCGUCUCCGCCAUCGCCGCCGCCUCCGCCGUCAUCGUCCUCGCCGUCAUCCACUCGGCGUACGACGACGCGGUGUCGCGGACGCGGACGCUGCUGGGCCACAACCUGGAGCCGACGCCGUGGCACCCGUUCCCGCACGCCAAAGGCCGGCCACCGGCGCGCGCCGCGUUUCGCUGA